AGAAGAAGCCUCUGGAAGUACGCUUCAUCGAGUACAUGCCCUUCGACGGUGAGUGGACCAUUCUUAAAGACCAUUGCCACCAGUGCAGAGCCGUGGUCGAGUGGUAACAUUCCCUGCCACGUCAGAGUACUACUCUUCACCGGAGACCGGAUGUUGAAUCCCUGUAUCCACCCUCCCCACUGUUCUCCCACUUGCCUGUCUCCCUCCUUGAUUUCUUUACUGUCUGAUUGUCAAAAUACCACACACAAAAAAAAAGAUAUACACUACCGGUCAAAAGUUUUAGAACACCUACUCAUUCAAGGGUUUUUCUUUAUUUUUACUAUUUUCUACAUUGUAGAAUAAUAGUGAAGACAUCACAACUAUGAAUUAACACACAUGGAAUCAUGUAGUAACCAAAAAAGUGUUAAACAAAUCUAAAUAUAUUUUAUAUUUGAGAUUCUUCAAAUAGCCACCCAUUGCCUUGAUGACAGCUUUGUACACUCUUGGCAUUCUCUCAACCAGCUUCAUGAGGUAGUCACCUGGAAUGCAUUUCAAUUAACAGGUGUGCCUUGUUAAUUUGUGGAAUUGCUUUCCUUCUUAAUGCGUUUGGGCCAAUCAGUUGUGUUGUGACAAGGUGGGGGUGGUAUACAGAAGAUAACCCUAUUUGGUAAAAGACCAAGUCCAUAUUAUGGCAAGAACAGCUCAAAUAAGCAAAGAGAAACGACAGUCCAUCAUUAUUUUAAGACAUGAAGGUCAGUCAAUACGGAAAAUGUGAAGUACUUUGAAAGCUUCUUCAAGUGCAGUCGCAAAAACCAUCAAGCGCUAUGAUGAAACUGGCUCUCAUGAGGACCGCCACAGGAAUGGAAGACCCAUAGUUACAUCUGCUGCAGAGGGUAAGUUCAUUAGAGAGUUACCAGCCUCAGAAAUUGCAGGCCAAAUAAAUGCUUCACAAGAGUUCAAGUAACACACAUCUCAACAUCAACUGUUCAAAGGAGACUAUGUGAAUCAGGCCUUCAUGGUCGAAUUGCUGCAAAGAAACCACUACUAAAGGACACCAAUAAUAAGAAGAGACUUGCUUGGGCCAAGAAACAUGAGCAAUGGACAUUAGACAGGUGGAAAUGUGUCCUUUGGUCUGGAGUCCAAAUUUGAGAUGUUUUUUCUCCAAUCGCAGUCUUUGUGAGACGUGGUGUGGGUGAAUGGAUGAGAUCUGCAUGUGUAUUUCCCACCAUAAAGAAUGGAGGAGGAGGUGUUAUGGUGUGGGGGUGCUUUGCUGAAUUCAAGGCACACUUAACCAACAUGGCUACCACAGCAUUCUGCAGCAAUACGCCAUCCCAUCUGGUUUGGGCUUAUUGGGACUAUCAUUUUAAACAGGACAAUGACCCAACACACCUCCAGGCUGUGUAAGGGCUAUUUUACCAAGAAGGAGAGUGAUGGAGUGCUGCAUCAGAUGACCUGGCCUCCACAAUCCCCUGACCUCAACCAAAUGGAGAUGGUUUGGGGUGAGUCGGACCGCAGAGUGAAGGAAAUUCAGCCAACAAGUGCUCAGCAUACAGUUGAAGUCGGAAGUUUACAUACACUUAGGUUGGAGUCAUUAAAACUCGUUUUUCAACCACUCUACAAAUUUCUUGUUAACAAACUAUAGUUUUGGCAAGUCGGUUAGGACAUCUACUUUGUGCAUGACACAAGUAAUUUUUCCAACAAUUGUUUACAGACAGAUUAUUUCACUUAUAAUUUACUGUAUCACAAUUCCAGUGGGUCAGACGUUUACUGUGCCUUUUUUAAAUUGCUUGGAAAAUUCCAGAAAAUGAUGUCAUGGCUUUAGAAGCUUCUGAUAGGCUAAUUGACAUCAUUUGAUUCAAUUGGAGGUGUACCUGUGGAUGUAUUUCAAGGCCUACCUUCAAAUGCAGUGCCUCUUUGCUUGACAUCAUGGGAAAAUCAAAUGAAAUCAGCCAAGACCUCAGAAAAAACAUUGUAGACCUCCACAAGUCUGUUUCAUCCUUGGGAGCAAUUUCCAAACACCUGAAGGUACCACGUUCAUCUAUACAAACAAUAGUACACAAGUAUAAACACCACGCAGCCGUCAUACCGCUCAGGAAGGAGACGCGUUCUGUCUCCUAGAGAUGAACGUACUUUGGUUUGAGAAGUGCAAAUCAAUCCCAGAACAACAGCAAAGGACCUUGUGAAGAUGCUGGAGGAAACCGCUACAAAAGUAUCUAUAUCCACAGUAAAACUAGUCCUAUAUCGACGUAACCUGAAAGGCCGCUCAGCAAGGAAGAAGCCACUGCUCCAAAACUGCCAUAAAAAAGCCAGACUACGUUUUGCAAAUCCACAAGGGGACAAAGAUAGUACUUUUUGGAGAAAUGUCCUCUGGUCUGAUGAAAUAAAAAUAGAACUGUUUGGCCAUAAUGACCAUCGUUAUGAUUGGAGGGAAAAGGGGGUGCUUGCAAGCCGAAGAACACCAUCCCAACCGUGAAGCACGGAGUUGGCAGCAUCAUGCUGUGGGGGUGCUUUGCUGCAGGAGGGACUGGUGCAUUUCACAAAAUAGAUGGCAUCAUGAGGAAGGAAAAUUAAGUGGAUAUAUUGAAGCAACAUCUCAAGACAUCAGUCAGGAAGUUAUGGAAUGGGCCAAAAGUCACCCAUUUUAUUGUGGGAAGCUUGUGGAAGGCUACCCAAAAUGUUUGACCCAAGUUAAACAAUUUAAAGGCAAUGCUGUCAAAUACUAAUUGAGUGUAUGUAAACUUCUGACCCACUGGGAAUGUGAUGAAAUAAAUUAAAGCUGAAAUAAAUACUUCUCUCUACUAGUAUUCUGACAUUUCACAUUCUUAAAAUAAAGUGGUGAUCCUAACUGACCUAUGAAAUUGAAUUUUUACAAGGAUUAAAUGUCAGGAAUUGUGAAAAACUGAGUUUAAAUAUAUUUGGCUAAGGUGUAUGUAAACUUCCGACUUCAACUGUAUGUGGGAACUCCUUCAUGACUGUUGGAAAAGCAUUCCAGGUGAAGCUGGUUGAGAGAAUGCCAAGAGUGUGCAAAAGUAAGCUGUUUGAAGAAUCUCAAAUAGAAAAUAUAUUUUGAUUUGUUUAACACGUUUUUGGUUACUACAUGAUUCGAUAUGUGUUAUUUCAUAGUUCUGAUGUCUUCACUAUUAUUCUACAAUGUAGAAAAUACAAAAAAUAAAGAAAGUAGGUGUUCUAAAACUUUUGACCAGUAGUGUACAUAUGAUAAUUGCCACUGCAAAUGUUGCCGUUUUACUGCAUUGUCCAAGUUUCUGUUUUUUUACAGAAGUAAAAUAGGGUCAUUGUCUCAGUAUUUUCAAUUCCCUAAAAAUAAGACUAAUAAUACUCUCUUGAUUUCCGUCAUUGUGGGUUUUAAAUUGCUGUAACACUGAAAUAAUAACAGGGUUCUUAGCCAUCUACCUUAUAUUCAAAUGGUAGACCUCAUUUUACAUAGGCUUAUGUUUGUAAUGGUUCAAUGCAGUCUCACACUUUCAAAUCAAACUAUUAUGAGUCUAAUGUUCCUUUAUGAAUAGGGUAACUAAUGAGUUUACAAUUGGCAGUUUCUAGAAAUACUGAAGAUAAAGUGAUAGCACCAGUUUGUGUUAGCUAAUCUCCUCGUUCUUGUUUAAAAAAUAGGAGAUUACAGACAGGGUGACAGAGGUUAGCAUUUAAACCCUCACUCACCCCGUUCAAAUACUUUGAAAAAGGAGGACCUCCCUUUUUGUAAAUGUAAAAACAUGAUUGGAUUGUAAAAGCAAGCAUUUCACUGCAUCGCUGAUCAGCGAUUACUUCAAGGAAGGAGAAAUGCUCUCUCUAAUUCUCUCGUUCUCUCUUUCUCUCUGAGAACCUGAGCCCUAGGACCAUACGUCAGGACUACCGGGCAUGAUGACACCUUGCUAUCCCCAGUCCGCCUGGCCUUGCUGCUAUUCCAGUUUCAACUGUUCUGCCUGCGGCUACGAAACCCCUACCUGUCCCAGACCUGCUGUUUUCAACUCUAAAUGAUCGGCUAUGAAAAGCCAACUGAGAGACCUGAGCCCUAGGACCAUACGUCGGGACUACUGGCCGUGGUGACUCCUUGCUGUCCCCAGUCCGCCUGGCCUUGCUGCUAUUCCAGUUUAAACUGUUCUGCCUGCGGUUAUGGAACCCCUACCUGUCCCAGACCUGCUGUUUUAAACUCUAAUGAUCGGCUAUGAAAAGCCAACUGAGAUUUAUUCCUGAUUAUUAUUUGACCAUGCUUGUCACUUAUGAACAUUUUUGAACAUCUUGGCAUGGUUCUGUUAUAAUCUCCACCCGGCACAGCCAGAAGAGGACUGGCCACCCCUCAUAGCCUGGUUCCUCUCUAGGUUUCUUCCUAGGUUUUGCCUUUCUAGGGAGUUUUUCCUAGCCACCGUGCUUCUACACCUGCAUUACUAGCUGUUUGGGGUUUUAGGCUGGGUUUCUGUACAGCACUUCGAGAUAUUAGCUGAUGUAAGAAGGGCUAUAUAAAAUAAAAUUGAUUGAUUGAUUGAUUGAAAUGAAUUGUCAUCCAAACAGGGCCUAAGAGUCCUGAAUUUAGUCUUCACUAGAAUAUGUCAUCACUGUUCAGAACCACAUGGUAACCAACAGUGUUUAAUGUAGAGAGAGAGUCUCCAUGACACUUACGUACUGUACAAGUUUAUCCGCAACUAGACCUGGGUGCGAAUAGAAUUGGUUUUCUUUCAAAUACUUUAGGUAUGCUUGAUUUAGCUUGCUCGGCGUAAUUGAACCAAUAGAACAGUCCAAAAUGUGAAAAACCAACCCACCUGGUGCGCCGGGAAAGCACAAAGCACAAUCAAGCGCACUGAACGUAUUUGAGAGAAAAUAAAUAGUAUUUAAAUCACGGUCUGUCAUCCACACUGUGUGAAUGCACCUCUAGACUAGAUCAUUCACUCCAUUCUGUUGACCUCUGCCACCUCCUGCAGGAAACAAAUGGAACUUCAAGAAGAUGGUGAGCUACCAGGAGAUGCUGGACCGCAUCAGACAGCAGUGGCCCAGUUUGGAAAAGCUUCCACUCGGAAAGACGGACACAGCCAAGGUUCCUCUCUCCCCCCAGCCCGCUCAAAUUCCCACAUAUAAUCUCUAAAUUAUUAAUCCGCUUUGUCUGCAACUCGGCUAAAUUAAAUAUUCAGUGUGCCAGGUCCACACAGGAACCAAUUAUGAUGACACGUCAUCCAUUUCUGCUACAUCGGAGAUGCAGUAAUUCCCACAGUGUGUGCUGGUUGCAUUAAUUAAUUAAUUAAUUGUUUAUUUGACAGUAAGUACACUCACAUGGUUGUGCAAGCUAAAUCAGAUGCUAAUGAAAAUGUCAAGAUACAGUGAUGCCCGAUAGCAAAGCUGGUCUCUUUUUUUAAUGAUCUUGUAGCCUGGUCCCAGAUCUGUUUGUGCACUUCAUUGCUCAUCGUCAAGCCAAACAGACUGGCACUCAGGCUAAUGAUCUCAAUGACCACGUGUACAUGCGCACAGUAUUCUGGAUAAUAGCUCAUAUCCCGGUUAAGGUCUUAUUUGGGAUAAGCUGUUUACAUGCACCUUUGAUAUCCCGCUCACGAGUAUCCCUCUAGCCAUGAAUAAACAGAAUAUUCCUAAUUUAGGUUAAAUGGAAUAAAAGCUAAAAAUCUAGACACUGACUGUAGGCCUAUAACCUCUCAGAUGUAGCCUAAUAGAAUAUUAACUAGAAUAUUAACUAAAAUAUGAACUUCUUUUUCUAUUUUUUCUAUUGCUGUUAAAUGAUUAGCACGAAAUGUUAAUUUUUUUCUCGGAAAGAGCAGUGGAGAUAUAUGAUGUAUUUCUUUCAGCAUCUCUUCAGAAAGUUGCGGUUAGGGACCACAUGUAACAUGCUAUCUUUGACACUUACAGUACCAGUCAAAAGAAAAAACACACCUACUCAUUCUCGGGUUUUUCUUUACUUUUACUAUUUUCUACAUUGUAAAUAAUAGUGAAGACAUCAAAACUAUGAAAUAACACAUAUGGACACAUGUAGUAACCAAAAAAGUGUUAAACGAAUCAAAAAAUAUUUUAGAUUCUUCAAAGUAGCCACCCUUUGCCUUGAUGACAGCUUUGCACACUCUUCACAUUCUCUCAACCAGCUUCAUGAGGAAUGCUUUUCCAACAGUCUUGAAGGAGUUCCCACAUAUGCUGAGCACUUGUUGGCUGCUUUUCCUUCUCUCUGCGGUCCAACUCAUCCCAAACCAUCUCAGUUGGGUUGAGGUUGGGUGAUUGUGGAGGCCAGGUCAUCUGAUGCAGCACUCCAUCACUCUCCUUCUUGGUAAAAUAGCCCUUACACAGCCUGGAGGUGUGUUUUGGGUCAUUGUCCUGUUGAAAAACAAAUAAUAGUCCCACUAAGCGCAAACCAGAUGGGAUGGCGUAUCGCUGCAGAAUGCUGUGGUAGCCAUGCUGGUUAAGUGUGCCUUGAAUUCUAAAUAAAUCACAGACAGUGUCACCAGCAACGCACCCCUACACCAUAACAUCACGUCUUCCAUGCUUCACAGUGGGAACCACACAUGCGGAGAUCAUCCGUUCACCUACUCUGCGUCUCGUACCAAAAUCUCAAAUUUGGACUCCUCAGACCAAAUGACAGAUUUCCAUCGUGUUUCUUGGCCCAAGCAAGUCUCUUCUUAUUAUUGGUGUCCUUUAGUAGUGGUUUCUUUGCAGCAAUUCGACCAUGAAGGCCUGAUUCACGCAGUCUCCUCUGAACAGUUGAUGUUGAGAUGUGUCUGUUACUUGAACUCUGUGAAGCAUUUAUUUGGGCUGCAAUUUCUGAGGCUGGUAACUCUCUAAUGAACUUAUCCUCUGCAGCAGAGGUAACUCUGGUCUUCCUUUCCUGUGGCGGUCCUCAUGAGAGCCAGUUUCAUCAUAGCGCUUGAUGGUUUUUGCGACUGCACUUGAAGAAACUUGAAGAGUGUGCAAAGCUGUCAUCAAGGCAAAAAAUUAUACUUUGAAGAAUCUCAAAUAUAAAGUAUAUUUUGAUUUGUUUAACACUUUUUUGGUUACUACAUGACUCCAUAUGUGUUGUUUCAUAGUUUUGAUGUCUUCACUAUUAUUUUACAAUGCAGAAAAUAGUAAAAAUAAAGAAAAACCCUUGAAUAAGUAGGUGUGUCCAAACUUUUGACUGGUAGUCUACAUGCAAGCAGUCUUAACAGAAACAUGUUUAAUCGUGUUCUCAGCUUUUCAUUUCCUUAAAACCGGUGAAAUUGAUGGCAUUUGGAAAUUUUGCACAGGAACAAUCUUUCCACUGUUUUGAAGUUAUUGCUUUUUCUUCCCGAUCCCUAAACGUCCUCGCUGAAGUGAAACGGACAACUUUACCGGUGUCAACUAGAUUACUAAUGCAUUCAUUCUAUUGAUUUAAGACAUUAGUCUGGUGAGCACUGCUUUAUUUAGUCUGCAAGGGCAACAAGUUAUGACAAAAGAAAAGCUACAUCUAACUAUAGACAUGUUGACAAGCAAAUGGCCUACUAAAUGUCGGAAAUUAUAAGCAGAAACAUAUCUAAAUUAGGGGUGAAAGGAGCCUAAGCUGAUACGGUCCAGUACAGAGUACCAGUAAAAUAAAUUAUGGAAUUAUUAUGGUUGUUUGAACAUGCGCAGGUAUCCUACUUUUUGAAGUGAUUUGUUUUGCAAUCUGAUGAAAACAUCAUCACACAACACCCAUGAUACUAUGCUAAACUGAGCCUGUGCAGACCGCAAAAACAACAGUAAACGGGAUAAGUAUCCCGUCUAAGAUCAGCAUAUAUCCCAGGCAUCUUAUCUGGGUUUCUUAUAACCAGGAUACAAGCUUAUUUGGGUUAUUUUAAACAGGAUAUGAUGUUUAUAUGUGUCAACUUAAAAACAGAAUACUUGAGUAUCCCGAAUAAUAACGGGAUAUUGGUGUGCAUAUAAACGUGGUCAGUGUCUGUUCCAAAUGACCCCAGUAUAACAAUCACCUGUCCUUUCCUGAACAGAUGUGCUAUAUCAAAAAUAAAAGAACAGAAAUCCAAAGUCCUUACAUAUUUUUUUAUUUAUUAGCCAAAGGAUAGGCGCAGGGAGACAGAGUAGAGGGAUGAGGAAUGCGUAACGCUCAUGCGGGGAUCGAAUGUAUGGGGAAACCAGACAGUUCGACAAAGAGAAAGUGGGCUGGGGACAAGAUUACCUUAAACCAUGUUCUUACGAUUUGUUCUGUUCCCUAGACAUUUAAGGUGCCAGGCUUUCAGGGCCAGGUGGGCUUCAUCACCUCCAUGUCGGAUCACUUCUGUGGCUCCUGCAACCGACUACGCAUCACGGCAGACGGCAACCUCAAGGUGAACAGCCCACAUGCGAGGUAGCCAGUGAAGGCGUGACUUUGGGGGUGGGUGGACGUCUGUGUACUUACAUAAUCGCGCAGACAGACAGACAGACAGUCGGCCGUGUGUGUGUGAUUACGUACGUCAGGGUUGGCACCCCCAAGUUCUCUGAGCAAAAGACAAACAAAAUAUAUAUUUAUAUUUAAAGAAUAAUUGUUGGACAUAAAAGACCAGGAAAUCAGCUCCAAGUGAUUUUCAUUUUGGAAAUCUGUUCCCAAGUAUUCCCACGCAUAAUAGACAUAUGUGAUCGUAUACAAAUAAUAAUAAAUAAUAAUUGAUUGGAUUUAUAUAGCACUUUUCUACCAACUGAGGUACUCAAAGUGCUUUACAUAGUAGGGGGAAACUCACCUCAUCCACCAUCAAUGUGUACCACCCCUACUCUUACAAUAAGCGCCAUGGGCUUUUGAAUGACCAAAGAGAGUCAGGACACCCGUUUUAAUUUCCCAUCUGAAAGAUGGCACCCUACGCAGGACAAUGUUCCCAAAUGUAAUCAAGGUUUGAAAUGAUUAUGUUUUAGUCAAAUAUUAUAUCUGUUCAGGCUUCUUGCGGUCUAUUUGCAGUCUUAAAAAUAUAUUUUUGUAUUAUGUUCCGCCCCUCUGACCAUCCGCUCAAGAAAAAAUUUGCCCGUGGCUGAAUCUAGUUGAUGAUCCCUGAUGUACGUGCAUCGGGUGUGUGUGUUAGUUACUCGUCCUUUGUUUUGUCCCCAGAUGUGUGUAUGUGUGUGUGUACAAGUGUGUGUGUGUGUUUGCGGAUAUGUCUGUCUCUGUAUGUGUGAUUGUGCAUGUUUGUCAGGGGUGUGUGUGUUAGUGACUCCACCUCUUUCCCGUCCCCAGGUGUGUCUGUUUGGGAACACGGAGGUGUCCCUGAGGGACGUUCUGCGCUCUGGAGUGUCUGACCGGGAGCUGCUGGAGAUCAUUGGCGCCGCCGUGGGCCGGAAGAAGAAACAACAUGCAGGUAGUAAGAGCACGUUACCUGGGGUAUAUUCAUUAUUAUAAACUGGGUGGUUCAAGCCCUGGAUGCUGAUUGGCAGAAAGCCGUGGUAUCUCAGACCGUAUACCACGGGUAUGACAAAACAUUUAUUUAUACUGCUCUAAUUACGUUGGUAACCAGUUUAUAAUGGCAAUAAGGCACCUCGGGGGUUUGUGAUAUAUGGCCAAUAUACCACGGCAUGUUCUUACGCACGAUGCAACACGGAGUGCUAGAACACAGCCCUUAGCUGUGUUCUUAGUGUCCUAGCACCCUUCGGGCCUUAUUGCUUAAGUGCACACCGUAGCAAAACAUUUUGCAACAAAAAGGAGUGUUUCUUAUUGGACAAGUUCAGAUAAGUCCCUCAUUUCAUUCUUAGUGAAUAUAAUAAUAAUAAUUAGGUAGGUGCUUACAUUUGUCCUAUUUUGUUUUUUUGGCAUAUCCCACUCCCCGAGACACCUUCAGAGAGUGGAGUCACGGCCAGCGUCUGCCAAUAUCAAUGACGCAAUUAAGGUUAAGUGCCUUGCUCAAGGGCUCAUCGACAGAUUUUUCACCUUGUCGGCUCAGGGAUUGUAACUAGCGACCUUUCAGUUACUAGCCCAAUGCUCUAACCGCUAGACUAUAUGCCGCCCCAGGUUUAUUACUACUCUGAUAAUGCACAUUAAAAGUAGACUGUUAGCAAUAGGACAUCAGACAUCAUCAUUCCCAGCAAUCGCUGAUUAGUUAACUUUAAUUUGAAUAACAAUGGCUUUAUGGCCCCGUACAUAUUCGACACAACGGUUGUGCUAUUUUAAACCCUGGUUCAAGCCCAUUCAGAGGCAGGUUCAGGGAGGCAGCGCUAGGUUCAGGGAGGCAGCCCUAUAUGCUAAGCUAGCACAGCUGGGGUCGCUGUGGAUCGAGUUGAGGGGGGGUGAGUGUAACCGAGAUAAGAAUGUGUCAUAAGCUAGCUUGAAAUGUCGACUAUGGUGCUAUCGAAUUGGAUCCUUUUCUAUAGCUCAUUGUGUGUCAAUGGCAUCAGAACGGCACCCUAAUCACAGAGGGUUCGAUCACACACUGAUUUAUACUGAACAGAAAUAUAAACUCAACAUGUAAAGUGUUGGUCCCAUGUUUCAUUAGCAGAAAUAAAAGAUCCCAGAAAUGUUCCGUACGCACAAAAAGCUUAUUUCUCUCAAAUGUUGUGCACAAAUUGGUUUACAUCCCUGUUAGUGAGCAUUUCUCCUUUGCCAAGAUAAUCCAUCCACCUGACAGUUGUGGCAUAUCAAUAAGAUGAUUAAACAGCAUGAUCAUUACACAUGUGCACCUUGUGCUGGGGACAAUAAAAGGUUGCUCUAAAAUGUGUAAUUGGCAUGUUGACUGCAGGAAUGUCCACCAGAGCUAUUGCCAGAGAAUUGAAUGUUCAUUUAUCUACCAUAAGCCACCACCAACGUCAUUUUAGAGAAUUUGGCAGUAUGUCUAACCGGCCUCACAACCGCAGGCCACGUGUAACCACGCCAGCUCAGGACCUCCACAUCCGGCUUCUUCACCUGCGGGAUCGUCUGAGACCAGCCACAAGAAUUUCUGCACGAACUGUCUGAAACCAUCUCAGGGAAGAUCAUCUGCUCGUGGUCCUCACCUGGGUCUUGACCUGACUGCAAUUCGGGGUCGUAACUGACUUCAGUGGGCAAAUGCUCACGAUGGCCACUGGCACGCUGGAGAAUUGUGCUCUUCACGGAAGAAUCCCGGUUUCAACUGUACCGGACAGAUGGCAGACAGCAUGUAUGGCAUCGUGUGGGCGAGCGGUUUGCUGAUGUCAACGUUGUGAGCAGAGUGCCCCGUGGUGUUGGUGUUAUGGUAUGGGCAGGCAUAAGCUACGGACAAUGAACACAAUUGCAUUUUAUCGAGGGCAAUUUGAAUGCACUGAGAUACCAUGAUGAGAUCCUGAGACCCAAUGUUGUGCCAUUCAUCCGCCACCAUCACCUCAUGUUUCAGUAUGAUGGCCCCAUGUCGCAAGGAUCUGUACAGAAUUCCUGGAAGCUAAAAAUAUCCCAGUUCUUCCAUGGCCUGCAUACUCGCCAGACAUGUCACCCUUUGAGCAUGUUUGGGAUGCUCUGGAUCGACGUGUAUCACAGCGUGUACCAGUUCCUGCAAAUAUCCAGUAACUUUGCACAGCCACUGAAGAGGAGUGGGACAACAUUCCACAGGCCACAAUCAACAGCCUGAUCAACUCUUGCAAAGGAGAUGUGUCGCACUGCAUGAGGCAAAUGACUGAUGUUUCAAAUGACUGAUUUUUCCUUAUAUGAACUGUAACUCAGUAAAGUCUUUGAAGUUGCAUUUAUAUUUUUGUUCAGUGUAGAUUUCCAAUCAGACGAGAUUAUGACCUCUUUCCUUUUCUCUCCCUCUGUUGGACAUCCACUGACUCUUAAUGUAUUAUCCCUCCUUAAUUUAUUACUCACGUAAAAAAAAAAAAAAAUAUAUAUAUAUAUAUAUACAGUCAAAAGUUUGGACACACUUACUCAAUCAAGAGUUUCUCUUUAUUUUUACAAAUUUUUACAUUGUAGAAUAAUAGUGAAGACAUCAAAACUAUGAAAUAACACAUAUGGAAUCAUGUAGUAACCAGAAAGGUGUUAAACAAAUCAAAAUACCUUGUCACAACACAACUGAUUGGCUCAAACGCAUUAAGAAGGAAAGCAAUUCCACAAAUUAACUUUUAACAAGGCAUACCUGUUAAUUGAAAUGCAUUCCAGGUGACUACCUCAUGAAGCCGGUUGAGAGAAUGCCAAGAGUGUGCAAAGCUGUCAUCAAGACAAAGUGUGGCUAUUUGAAGAAUCUCAAAUAUAAAAUAUAUUUCGAUUUUUCUAACACUUUUUUGGUUACUACAUGAUUCCAUAUGUGUUAUUUCAUAGUUUUGAUGUCUUCACUAUUAUUCUACAAUGUAGAAAAUAGUAAAAAUAAAGACAAACCCUUGAAUGAGUAGGUGUGUCCAAACUUUUGACUGGUACUGUGUAUGUAUGUGUGUGUGUGUAUAUAUAUGUAUAUACUGUAUAUACUGUAUGUAUAUACUGUGUGUAUAUAUAUAUAUACUGUAUAUAUAUAUAUUCUCUUGUAAAGGAUACCAGGGGCUCCGAUGUCCUCACAUGUAGUUUUUUCCAGACAGGUUGAAAUGUAGAAUGGGACACAGAAUUUAGAGGGAAGAACAGGUAGAGAGAGGGUGGUGGGUGAGGCUCCCGCACAAAUCAUAAUUAAUUUAUCUAUUUUCUCCUCUCCUAUCCUUCCCAUGUCCUCCAUUGAAGUCCUCACAAACUCACUCUUUCUCCCCGUCCCUCUCCACAGGCAUGUUCAGCAUCUCCCAGAUGAAGAACAGACCCAUGAUCCUCAUCGGUGGGUGACGCGGCUGUACGUAACACUCUCGCAUUCGUUUCCCCUCUUUCUCUCCUCUACCCCUAUCUCUCCUUCUCACCCCCCUCUCUCUCCUUCGCUCCCUCUCUCCUUCUAAUCUCGUACCCUCAGUCCAUUUGAUUGAAUUUGAUGAAGUGAACCCAUAGUUUUACUAGGGUUCACUUCAUCAGGUGACUUCAUCAGGUGUGAUUAAAUCUUCAUUUUAAAGUAGUCCAUUCCAGAUUUUUCUACUUCUGUGAGUGUAUUGGAAGUUCAUUAAUAAACUGAAAAGGUGCAUUCCACUACCUACUGUGCUGGAGUGUGUAUAGUCUGAACAGGUAUAAAGCCAAGAUAGGUGAUUUACUGCCACCUUUAGUUAUGGACUCACAGAUUGUAGAGAAAGCGAGACAUCCCGUUCCCGAAUUUUUUUCUGAUCGGGGCGUGGCUGCUCUGGUAUACUUAUUGCCCCCGCCCCGCGGAGGGGGUGCCCCUGAGAAGGCGGAGAAAGGAGACACCGGCUCAUAUUUUCUGGUCGCAUGGAGGCGAGCGGGGAGGGAAAAUAAGUAGACCAGAGCCAGCAGUUCCCUCUCUCGCGUGAACGUAUCAGAGGUUAUGGAGGAACUGUGAAAGAGGGAACACCCACUUACACAAACAGGAACCUUGAAAAAUAAAUGUACAUGGUAAAUGGUUUGAGUCGUUCAUCUUAAUUUAUCCACCAUCUUUGAUGGAAUGUUUGCACAGGAGUAUAAUUCAUUGUCUUGACCCCUCAUGAUUAGCAAGUCCCACGCAGACUACCCCAAAAGGGUGCUGCCCAUGUUCUCACAGAUUCGGCCAUUGAGAUGUGCUCUCUAGUAAAUCUCUAUGAGUGGUGUUUCCAGCUACAUCGUAUUCUUCUGGCAUACAAAAUGGGAAACCAUGAUCCUCUUGGAUAGAGGCCUUUUUUACUUCUAAAUCAUGUUGUAACUUUUUAAAUAAAAUUACUAACACUGAUUGAAUGGCAAUAAUGAUAAUGCUUUACCAUAUUACAAUACUGUUAUUUAGAGUUGUCUUCCUAAACGCUAAUCUUAAUUUCAUCCCUGUCUCUCAGACACCACACCCCAAAGGCCCCUGUCCCUGCCCAAGUCCAGAGUCUGCCAGUGGUCCUCUCCACCCUCUUCUAUGUCCAGAUCCUGCAGUCCUCACCUCAGCUAUGGCCAUCCAACAGUACCACUCCAGAAGCGGAAGUGGCUAACCCAGUAAGGAUGUAUCGUGCCUUUUUAGGCUACACAGUUUUAACAGUGCUGCCUGAUGUCAGCGGUUCGGGAACCCACCAGUGUUAAAGGAGCCCUCAGUUGUUCCAUAUUGUCAAAAUAAUCCUUUACAGGGGUGCCGCUGCCUCUAGUGUAGCCCCCCUCAGAAAAUAUGGGAUUGACUUACUGACAACCCCCAGUUCUCAAACCAAGGCUGCUGAUUCUGACACACGCACAAAUGCAUUGAGUCACAAUGACAUAUACUGUCUCAGGUACGCACUUGCCAGGAAUCCAAACUUAACAAAGAAUGCCUCUACAAGGACCCCCAAGAUUCCCUCCCUUUGCACACUACUGAGAAACGCUAAAACAGGGCCCCGCCUAAGCCAGCAUAGCAUAAGGCAGUGCCACAGACAAACAUCCAGAGAUGACCUCCAAGCGCAAAUUCCUCUGACUCCCCCAAGCCGGACAACACCUCCACUGCCCAAC